AAGCAGUAAUGGAACCGGAGACCUCAGUGAUCGAAGAAUGGAACGGCAGCGCUUCUUCAAAACUCACAAAGACUGCAACUUUCACUGUCGCCGGAGCCACCGUACGGAAAUCGUCUCUCCGUUUCAAUCAUCUUUCUCGGAGAAUCCUCGACGCCUUUGUUCCUGAGGGAUUUCCAGGCAGUGUGACUCCUGAUUAUGUCCCUUUUCAGAUAUGGGAUUCAUUGCAGGGCCUAUCGACUUAUGUGAGAACAAUGCUUUCCACACAGGCUCUUCUAAGUGCUAUUGGUGUUGGUGAGAAAUCGGCCACAGUUAUUGGGGCUACAUUUCAGUGGUUUCUGAGAGAUUUAACUGGAAUGCUUGGAGGUGUCUUGUUUACAUUUUACCGGGGGGCAGACCUGGAUAGCAAUGCCAAAAUGUGGCGUCUUGCUGCAGAUCUCAUGAAUGACCUUGGGAUGCUGAUGGACCUUCUUUCCCCUUUAUUCCCUUCGGCUUUUGUGGUCAUUGUAUGCUUGGGAAGCAUAUCGCGAUCAUUCACUGGAGUUGCCAGUGGUGCAACCAGAGCCGCCUUAACACAGCAUUUUGCUCUUCAGAACAAUGCAGCUGAUAUAUCUGCUAAGGAAGGUAGCCAAGAGACUCUAGCAACGAUGAUCGGGAUGGCUCUAGGAAUGCUUCUCGCCCACAUCACUAUGGGACAUUCAAUGGCCAUAUGGUUUUGUUUUCUGUCUCUCACCGUCUUUCAUAUGUAUGCAAACUACAGGGCUGUUCGUUGCCUUACACUGAGCACAUUAAACUCUGAAAGAAGCUCAAUUCUCUUGCCACAUUACAUAAAAACUGGUCAAGUUCUUUCACCAAAAGAGGUCUCACUAAUGGAACAUAUUUUACCUCUGUGGAUGAGCUCAUGGAUGACGAGCAGGGUAGAAAAUUUGGGGAAACGGGUACGCUUAAGUGUCCGGAUCUCUUCACUUAAUAAUGAUGAAGUGGUAGAUCUCUCGCAUCUUGCCAGCUCUUAUUACAACAAAGGAAUGUACAUACUACUUCCAAGAAAGAGUUUUGUUGAUGUGGUCAUGCAUAGAGAUUCUACAGCAGCAGAUGUCCUACAAGCUUUCAUGCAUGCUCUCGUCUUGGCAAAACUCGAUGACAAAAAUCAAUCUGUGCAUAUCCAGAGCCAGUCAUGGAUGGAUAAAAACUAUCAAGACUUUCUUCUUAUGCUCCGAUCAUCAGGAUGGAGAACAGAACGUCUUCUAUCGCCCUCCAUUGCAUGGAAGGCAAAUUGGUCUAUAGAUUCCUCUGAUAAAGUCGAGUAGGGAGCUUCAACAUCAAAGAGCCUGGUCUGAAAUUUCUAGCAAAUCGAAUAGAACGCCUUUUUCCAAUGUAACUUCUUAAUUUAUUGCAUACGCCUGAUUCCGAUUGCUCUGUUUUUUCACUAGAUUUUGAGAGUCAUUUGUUGGUACUGCACUAUAAUGCAUACCAAUCUUGAACUUGCACUAGUUUUUUUGUUGAUUCUUCCUAAAUUAUGGCUAUUUGCCGACUGUGACACUAAUGUUAUCCUCAGAAUCAAUAAGAUCUGACUUUUUAUUGAUUAAUA